GCACGUAGGCCUCCACCCAGCCUCAAGCAUGAUGCUAUGGAGUCGCUCCAUCGCCAUACAGGGCAAUACCCGGCCCUUCGUCCAAAUGUUUACGAAACCCGCCUGAGCUCCGACGCGCAAACCCCUGAGAAGAAGCACAAGUCCAAAACACAUCGCCAUCGUCACCACGACAGCCAUCACCGCCAUGGCAGCAGACACCGUGACCGCGCAAAGGAUGUGCUACAGCCACCGACAAGUUUUGGAGAUUUGCUAAAUAAGGCGAGGGGCAGCAAGGAGCCGUCGCCAACCCACAGUCGGAAGGGGAGCAUUGGAAACAGAGACGAGAACGGAAACGACAACGGGAAGGAUGGGGAUGCGAUUUCGUCACGGCGACCAGUUCGACUGGAAGAUGUGGAGCGAGAAGGGAGGAGGGUAGAAGCCCGGGAACGAUCCCUCCGCACCGCUCUGCAGUCUCUCUCCGAUAAGUCCCUCAAAACCUCUCGCCGUCUCGAUGACACGUACUACUCCAUUCUCGAGAAGGUAUCCGCACUUCGCCAGACGAUUGGCAUGAUGCAGGAACUAUCCGGCCUGACGAGGGAACUACACACAAACUUCGAGACAGAUGCGGAGGAGCUCGUGGAGGAAGUCAAGGGGCAAUAUGAUGGCUUCGACAAGUUCGAGGUGCAGCAGGAGCAGGUUACCGCCCUGGAGGAGCGCAUCCGGGCUGGCAGGGAGAAGGCUGAUGCGCUGACAAGGAGGCUUGCUGAUGCGAAGGAAAAGGUGGAUAAGAGGGCAGAGGCAGAGGCACAGUGGGAGGCUCGAACGUCGCGACACCUGCACAUUUUCUGGGGUAUACUAGCCUCAAUCACCGCCUUCCUAGUCCUUUUGAUGCUCUUCCACCAUCUAAAACCCAACUAUGGCUCGGAAGAGCCAGAUACGACACUCGAUUUCGCCACGAGGGCCAAGCUCUUGAAGGCACCAAUUCCAGACAUGGCGAAGGAAGACAUUAUUGGAUUGGCGACGAGUACGCCAGAUCUGAAGCUGGAGACACCGUUUGCUGCACCUGCUACUGCGUUGGAGGAAGAUGUACGGUUGCGUGUGUUUGACGAGCUAUGAUGCUCCUGCUUUGAGUUUACAGAUACCCAACAUCUUAGUUCUACAUGAAUUGCCUUAAUCGACUGAUGU